AUUAGCAGAGCCAAUCCAAACCAACGUGCAAAAUGGCAGGCAAUCAAAGGCGCAACAAAGUGUCGGGUGCUAUGAAAUGGGAUGCAGCUACUGCGAAACAGACAUCUACAGGCCGGAAACCUCUUGGAGAACCUAUGUCUGUCCCACAGGUUCUUGUAAUGGUAGGACUGCACCUGUGUCGUCGUGUGGUGGUGGUUGAACCGCGUGUUAAAGUGCCCCUGUACCUUGGUGUAUUGCUGAUCGGGUCCGUGAUGUGCGACUUCUUCCCCAUUCCGCGUACUUACCUGUCGCGCAAGGACAACGUGUUUAAUACGUAUUUCGUCAAGGUCGCCUGGGGAUGGACACUCAUCACGGUGGGACUGUUCGUAGCCGUCUCAAGUUGGGUAUACUGUUGCGGUGAUCGCGCGCUUGUCAGGCGGCAUUUGAGUCGUCUCGCCGUCGGCACGGCUGCGUGGUUCUUGACGACGAAUUUUUUUGUAGUGUUUGAAACGUACACGGGCCGCUGUACUGUUGACAAACAUGGAACGAGGGAAGCAUGCUUCAGGGCUGGCCAGCGUUGGUUUGGAUUUGACAUUUCGGGCCAUGCGUUUCUGCUCAUUUUCUGCAACCUAAUGAUUGCCGAAGAAGCACGAAGUUUCUGUGGCUGGGAGAGGAUCGGAGAGUUGCUUAGAAAUGAGAAGUACGAUGAUGACAGCCCUCUGAAGGAGCUGCCAGCCGAGCAGCUGCGCCUGCUGCAUGACGCGUACCCACGGCUGACGCCAUUUGUGCGCCUGCUGUUCGUGGCUUUGACCUGCCUUUCGCUUCUCUGGGAUUUGAUGCUUGUGUGCACAGUGCUAUAUUUUCACAGCAUGGCCCAGAAAAUACUUGGCGGCGUAAUAGGCAUUGUGGAGUGGUACAUGCUGUAUCGCGUCUGGUACACUAUGACUUGGUCUCCGGGCCUUCCUGGAAAAGGACUUUUCAAGUAUCGUGACGUCCAAAGGAAGAAAACGCAAGGGUCUCGGAACUGAGCAGUUGUCUAGUGUUUACACGUUGACUUACCCUCGUUACAUCAGGUGUGCCUCCAUCAACAGACAUCAUUGGCGACUGGUAUUCAGUAUCAAACCAUCUGGAAGUACGAGUAGACUUGUGCAAGAAAGACAGUGAAAUGCACAACACGCGGAAGCCUGAAGCGACCGUAGGUGUUACUGUGAUAAUUGGAGGCAUGUUGCAUUGCUACGUGGAAGUGCUUGUAUUUGUGCACACAUAUCUUGCAAUGACGGAAAAAAACAAAACAAAAUUCAGUUCUACAGCUGGUCAACUUUCUCAGUGUUGUUGAACUUUCUUUUAAUGUUUGAAAAAGAAUAUGGUGUUUGUAUACACACGUGUUAACAAACAGGCGCCCAUUACAGUACCUGUUUGUUAACUUGUCCGUGUACUUUUUGUGUGCGCUGUAGUUUAACAAUGACAGAAGUUGGUGCUUUAACAGCUGAAGCCCAGAAUUCUGAUUCCAUCGCUCAGGGCACCUAUCUGCUGCAUUAAAAAAUUCUGGGCACAAAUUCUCGCUGCUAUGAGAAUAGGCACUGAUAAAGAUGUAUAGAACAGUGGAUUUUAUGUGGAAGUCCUGGUUCUCUGAACUGAAUUUAAUGCUGUCAUGUGAACUACAUUGUACUUGGAGCAAUGGUGUCAUUACUAGAUCAUAAUUUAAUGCUGUCUUUGCAAACUUGUGCUUAGUAUAAAAAUGUAUGCAGCUUUCUCAUAACUCAGAGCGAGCAUUAGUAAUUGAGCAUUUGUUUUUACAUAAAUUGCAUUUCAUUUGGAGGCAGAAAAGUUUAACGUGUAAUUUGAAAAAAAAGUGCACAUCCAUUAAAAACCAAAGUCUGUGGUGUCA